AUGGAGCCGGUAGUAAAUGUUCCUGAAAACACUGAUCGAUCACCUACUUCCGUUCCAUCCGAUGUAUCAGAUGAUAAUGACAGUGUUAAUAUAAGAAUGAAGAUUAAAUUGUUUCUUUGUAUCCACUGGCGUGGAUUGUUAUGUUUUCUGGUGCCUUUGCUUUUGAUACCAGUUCACUUCACAUUUCCCACAGAAAAAUAUCAGUGGUGCGCUUACACUUUAGUACUGAUGGCCUUAUUCUGGGUAACGGAAUGUAUUCCCUUGCCAGUUACCUCCAUUAUACCCAUUAUAAUAUUUCCUAUGAGUGGAGUUAUGAAUACAACGACGACUUGUAAAUGUUAUAUUAACGACACGAUUGUUAUGUUUUUGGGAAGCAUGUUUCUAGCCUAUGCUGUGGAGCAAUCCGGGCUACAUAAACGACUCGCGCUCUGUGCUGUAAGAACAAUUGGAUACUCACAUUAUAAAUUACUCUUCGCCAUGUCAUUCAUCACGAUGUUCAUAUCGAUGUGGAUCACAAACACAGCGGCGGCCACCAUGAUGGUUCCUAUUAACUUCGCUCUACUCCAAGUAUUUGAGGAACAAAACAUUCUUAAAAUUUAUGACAUUGGUCCAGAUGGAGAAAACAUAGCAUCUGAUAUAACAACUUGUUACUUUUGUGCUUCCACAUUCUCUGCUACUAUUGGUGGAAUUGGCACAUUGGUUGGUACAGCAACCAAUUUAGUAUUUAAAGGAUUAUUCAAUAAGAGGUAUCCAGAUGCACCUGAGUAUUUAUCUUUCCCCAAAUUUUCUGCAUUUGCAAUUCCGUUGAUGUUACUAUUAGAAAUAUUAAUGUAUUUAAAUAUGGUGAUUAUUUACUUUGGUUUUUUAAGGCCAAACAGUGCUGCGUAUAAGAGUUCAAAAAUUACACCUGAUGGCGUAGAAUCUGCCAAAAACUCGGUUGAAAAUGAAUGGAGGAAAUUAGGACGUAUCACUUUUUGGGAAAUAAUGGUCAUUAUUUUAUUUAGUCUUGCAAUUUUACUGUUCUUCAGUCGUUCACCAGAAAUAUUUCUUGGCUGGGGAGACAAGAUUGUUCAAAUUUUUGACUUAGCGGACCGUAAAUUUGUGUUGGAUUCAGCUGCAGCCGCAAUGGUAUGUUUCCUAAUGCUCAUUAUACCAUCCACGACACAAUUCAUGGAAUAUUUUAAAUCAAAAGAAACUAUGAAUCAGCCAACGGGGCCCAUACCAUCUGUUCUUAAUUGGAAAUUAAUGGAUAAAACAAUGCCUUAUAGUUUUAUGUUUCUCUUAGGAGGAGGUUUCGCCCUUUCUGAAGCUGCAAAAAAAGAAUAUUCGGAUUUAAAUGGAAAAAUUGGACAUAUUUUAAAAAACUUAAGCUAUUUACCAAAUUUUCUUAUAAUUCUUUUAAUAAUAAUAUUUACAACGUUUAUAACGAACUUCGCCUCCAACGUCGCAGUGUGCAAUGUUAUAACACCGAUAGCCAUGCAACUGGCCCAAGAAAUUGGCGUGAAUCCACUUUGGUACAAUAUCGCGGUUGGAUUCACUUCUUCGUUUUGUUUUAUUCUCCCUGUGGGCACGCCAGGAAAUCUUGUGGUACAAAGCGCUGCCAACAUACCUACUUUAAAAAUGAUCAAAGCUGGCCUUGCACCAUCGCUGGCAACAAUAAUUGUGACUUGGAUUUUAAUCUGCUUUUGGGCACCGAUAAUCUGGCCCGAUUUACACAUUUUGCCUUCGUGGUUGUAA